CUUAAAUCUCAUUCUUGGAACAUUGAAAGCCUUAAGAAGACUCAAACCCCUCCCACCUAAUGUGGCAUAUAACUAACGGUUCAAUGGCUUGGGGCGACCUUGAUUACGUUCCGCGAUAGGUGCUAACAUACACAGUCAACAUCGACUAGAGGAUUUGAUACCAGUAUUUCCAAUUCUCCAUUCAUGCACAAGCGAUAUCAGAAUCUUCAAUCGAUCUCACAAUUCUCAUCUUAGCUAAAGCCUCACCUUCACCAUCUCAAUGACCACCCCAAAAUCUCAACCAACCAUCACCCUCUACCGCGGCUGGGACUCCCCUGGGAAAUAUGUGUGGUCACCCUUCGUCACAAAACUCGAAUUCCGGCUCCGCACCUCCCACCUGCCCUAUUCCUGCGCCGCUGGCUCCACCGCCUCUGGUCCCACAGGCAAAAUUCCUUACAUCUCACUCUCAACUCCCGGCCGCCCAACCGAAUUUCUCGGCGACUCCAGCCUAAUCAUGAAGCGGUUGAUGGAGCUCAACUUACUACACGACGUUAACGUGAAACUGGAACUCCAGGGCGGGAUGAAGGGCGUGGAUUUAGCAAUUAGAGCGUUAAUGGAGGAUAAGUUGUAUUUCUAUCACACGCACGAGCGCUGGAUUAUGAAUUACUAUACUAUGCGUGACCAUGUGCUGGGGUCGAUUCCAUAUCCCGUACGUGUCGUUAUAGGGCUUCUUGCGUAUAGAAGGAGUGUGAGGAAACUACAUGAUCAGGGAACGGGGCGUUUCUCAAACACUGAGAUUCGUGGGUUCAUUAAAGAGGUUUGGGAGGGGAUUAAUGGAUUGUUGGUUGAGAGUCGGAGGAAAAUGAUGGAGAAAUAUGGGCAGAGAGACAGUGAGGGGGGAGAUUGUUUUUGGAUUCUGGGUGGUUCGGAGCCGACAGAGGCGGAUGCGAGCGUGUUUGGGUUUGUGGUUAGUGUUUUGGUUUGUGAUGCAGGCCCUGAGUCGAAGAAGUUGGUUAGGGGGUUUCCGGUGGUAGUAGAGUAUGCGGAGCGGCUUCAUCGGAGGUGGUUUCCGGAUUAUGAGAUGUGGGAUUAGGCGGCGCGGUUGGAAUAGAGUGUGAGAAACGAGAAACGAAAGCGCGCCUCCCUGAGCUACCGAAUGCUGGCCCCCCUAGUUCUGAGUCCCAGUUCUCUGGCUUUGGGUAGUACUGUUUUUGUGUUUCCUUUUGAAUUCCUCCUUGGUGCGUAUACCUGUGACCUGCAAUCUCCAGAGGAUCUUCUGCUUUC